AUGGCUUGCAUUGGAGUCAACGAGAGGUUCGAAAAGUGUGCCGCAAUCGCAUUUAUACUCCCUCGACCCACAAGUCUUGGAGUGCGCCUUCCAAUCGGACCUAACCGCGUACUUUUUCGAACACUUGUCGCACUUCCACUUCUUCUCUCCGUGUUUUCUGCUAAAGUGUUUCUUGAUGCCCGUGAGGUCGCCAAGUGCUCGGGAAGGGUCAUGGUGGAUGCACGUUUUCUCAGGGCAAACGUAAACCUUUUUCUUUACAAUGUCUUUGUUGGCCCUCUGCUUGAGCUUCCAUGGCAAGUUGUGGCCUCGCCUGUGGAGCUGCAGGUUUUGGUCUCUUUGGAAACCCUUGUUGCAGAUUUCGCACACGAAUCGAUUUGUGGCCAUCAGAGUUCUGGGAGAGAGUUCGGGUUCGGGUUCGGAUUAGGUUUGGAGUUA